AGAUACACGAACACACACACACACAAAGAAAAUAAGGAAACUUUGAAUCACGAUUAAAUAAUUCACACUCAAUUCCUCACUACUUCAACAAAAUAAUAAAUAAAAAUAAAAAAUUAAAUAAAAUUCCUAAUGGCUUCAAUUCAAUCAAUUACAACUCUAUCCACACGCACAGAUGUUACUCCUCCUGUCAUCCGAGUUUUCCGGUACCGGAAGCCUUUCUCCGUCCGAUGCUCCGCCGGAAAUGCUUCGCCGUCGGUUUCCACCGGCAGUUCCGAAUUUGACGCGAAAACAUUCAGGCAUAAUUUGACUAGAAGUGAGAAUUAUAACCGGAAAGGAUUUGGACAUAAAAAGGAAACACUUGAACUCAUGAAUCAAGAGUAUUUUACUAGUGAUAUCUUAAAGACUUUGAAGGAAAAUAACUACGAAUAUACAUGGGGAAAUGUUACUGUAAAGCUAGCAGAAGCUUAUGGCUUUUGUUGGGGUGUUGAGCGUGCGGUCCAGAUUGCUUAUGAAGCCAGGAAACAGUUCCCUGAUGAGAAGUUAUGGAUUACUAAUGAAAUUAUUCACAAUCCAACUGUUAACAAGAGGCUAGAAGAGAUGGAAGUAGAAGUAAUCCCCAUUGAGAAUGGAGAGAAACAGUUUGAUGUCGUAGAUAAGAAAGAUGUCGUGAUUCUACCUGCUUUCGGAGCUGCAGUACAGGAGAUGUUGACGUUGAGUAACAAAGAAGUACAAAUAGUUGAUACAACAUGUCCUUGGGUGUCUAAGGUGUGGAAUUCUGUUGAAAAGCAAAAGAAGGGGGACUAUACUUCCAUGAUUCAUGGUAAACAUAACCAUGAGGAGACCAUAGCUACAGCAUCUUUUGCAGGGAAGUAUGUUAUUGUGAAGAACUUGGAUGAGGCAAUGUAUGUAUGCGAUUACAUACUUGGUGGUAAACUUAAUGGAUCUAGCUCAACCAAAGAAGCUUUCCUGGAGAAAUUCAAAUUUGCUGUCUCUGAGGGUUUUGAUCCAGACAAGGAUCUUGUUAAAGCUGGUAUGGCUAACCAAACUACAAUGUUGAAGGGAGAAACAGAGGAGAUAGGGAGAUUAUUAGAGAGGACUAUGAUGCAAAAGUUUGGAGUCGAAAAUAUCAACAACCACUUUAUGAGUUUCAACACCAUCUGUGAUGCUACACAGGAGCGACAAGAUGCUAUGUAUAAGUUGGUUGAUGACAAUGUAGAUCUCAUGUUAGUUGUCGGUGGGUGGAACUCGAGCAAUACAUCACACCUAUUAGAGAUUGCAGAGGAGCGUCAGAUUCCAUCUUAUUGGAUUGACAGCGAACAAAGAAUAGGCCCUGGACACCGAAUAGCUUACAAGUUGUUGCACGGUGAAUUGGUUGAAAAAGAAAACUGGUUACCAAAGGGACCUAUCACGGUUGGUAUCACAUCAGGCGCAUCUACCCCUGACAAGGUUGUUGAAGAUGUGUUACUUAAGGUAUUUGAACUCAAAUGUGAAGAAGCCCUGCAACUUGCAUAGAUCAAAUAUGUAUGUACUAAAGUAGAAAGUGAAAUAGUAUACUCGAUAAGUUUAUGAGCAUGCAAACAUGCUCUCAUAUGUUGUGACUUGUGACCAUGUUCCUCUAAAUAUAGUGAAUGUAUUGUAUGUAUUUAUUA